UCGUCAUGUUUCAUCUUACUCGGGUCCAUUGCGCUGCCUGCAAGUUGCAUUGUCAGCUGAGGUCACUCCAGUUCAGCUCAGAGUCCCGAACAAGAUUCUCAAUGGCAUCCACAAGAGCGCAGUCGAGUGAGGGACAAUCGUUCGUCCUGUAAUGCAGAGCUGUACCGCGAAGCCUGCGUAAACAAUUGUACAACAGACAACACGUUUGUGGUCCUUGACACCGAAAAUGACAGGUGAGUUACAGAACGUGGUGCCGAUUGCCACGAGUGGGCAGUGUAUCCGAACAGACAGCAGCGGGAGCUCCCUUCAAUCCGCCUUGCUGGUUGCACAAGACAGUUGCGGCAGGGUACACCCUGAGGCCACCACCCGCGACAUGCCCUCUCUGAGACGUUUGCGCUACAUUCCCAUUGUGCGGAUGGGGCCCAGUGUGUUGUGAUUCUGCCUCCGCUAUCAACAACGCGAUGCCUGACCAAGGAUCUAUUUGGGGGUGUCUUCGACUGUUAGACAAUUCGACCGAGAAGUUGCCCGUGCUACAGGUUAUGCAGAAUUGGGGACACAGAGCGGUUCAUUGCCCUCGGGCCAAAGAGCUGGCAACAAGCAAGCAAAGGUUGGAAGAUGUGAUGGACUUAUUAUGACUCGGUGAAUUCGACAGUCUCUAAAACAGGAAGCCUCUGACCGUUGUUCUACUAACGAAACUGUGCGAUGAUCAAAUGUCCGCUGUUUAACCAACAUGCGAGUGCAUAUAUCUGAGCCAGAAAGCGAGCGCAUUGAGACGAGUAUUGGUCGUGCAGUAGACGAAGAGCACAAGGUUCGUCUUGACCCCAAUGAUUCCAUGCCUCGUCGGGUUCUCUCCUCUGAGGCUACAUCGGUUGAAGCACUGGUCAAUGAGAGAGAGCUAGCACAAGAUGGUAGGCGAUCAAGUAUCAUACUUGAAGUGGCAAUGGGCUGUGAACCACGGGCACGAGACCUGAACCGCCAUGUGUGGUGUUUUAUCAACCCAGACGAGGCUGAGGCAUUCCCCCAGAGACUGCCUCCCCUCUCCCCUCUCCCCUUUCCCCAAGACAGCCUUGCUUGCCAUGCACUUUGGAAACUCUAGGUGCGGGCAAAAGGGACAAAGGGCAAAGGGGGCCAAAGGCUCAAGGCUCUCAAGGCUGUGUGCCAAGCACGCCGCACCAGCCAGGGUAUUUU